AUGGGUGGUGGCAGGACUGGUGGCGGUGGUACUACUGUCACAUGCAGAACGACAAAUAAUCCCACGGUACUACGAGUAGUAGUUGUGGGUGGUGGUGGUGUCGGUAAAUCGGCACUUACCAUACAAUUCAUUCAGCAAUAUUUCGUGCAAGACUAUGAUCCGACCAUUGAAGAUUCAUACACAAAGCAAUGUUUUGUUGACGAGGAUCUCUGUAAAAUGGAGGUACUCGACACGGCUGGGCAGGAAGAGUUCUGCACGAUGCGUGAGCAAUAUCUCCGUUCCGGCAAUGGUUUCCUCAUCGUAUUCGCCGUUACCGACAGAAACAGGUCAGAGAGUGUGUCAUUAGGUUCUUUUAUUGAUUUAUCAUUAUUUCGUCAUUACAUCUAUGUCUUGUUCUGCUCAUUGAAUCGUUUCCCAUGUCCAUGCAUAUGA